GUGUUAAACAUUUGUGUUUUUGUUCUCAUAGUUUUUGUACAAUUCAAUAUAAUCGCAAAUACUAUAUUUUUUAGGUAACUUUCUAUAAUAUAGUCAAAUAUAUGAUUGGUUUGCUGACAUAAUGGGUGUAGUAUUUUACAGAAAUAUAUAGAAAAUAUUUUCCUCCCUCUAUAAUGGAAGACUCCACUAUUCGCGGGAAAGACGAAGCAAAAUGGCGUUGUAGAGGUGUGAAAACAAACAGGACGUCCGAUUUCAACGAUUUCAACCAUUUCCCCCUCUGAUCGAAUGUCACCAGACAACUCUUCGAACAGCCAUGAUGGAGUCUGUCAGCAGUACCACAGGGACAGAACUGACCAGGGUUCAGCACAUCCUGGGUCUCAUGCAGAAAAACCUGGAGUGCCCCAUAUGCUUAGACCUGUUGAAGAACCCUGUCUCCACCCGCUGUGACCACCAGUUCUGUAGAUUCUGUAUCCUGAAGGCCCUUACAGGAAAGCAGAGUGUCUCCUGUCCUCUAUGUAAGGUGGAGGUGACCAAAAGGAGUCUGCAAGACAACACUCAGCUACAACAGAUCAUCACAGCUGUACAGUCAGUAACAGAAGCUGUCUACAAGGACACUGAUCAACAAAAAGCCCCACCUGUAGGAUCAUCACAGAACUACAGUAAGUCGCAGGAUCAAAAGGAGCAAGGGGAGAAGAGGAGACACAUUUCCACAGACUCAGAAGAAGGAAAUGGGGUGCCAUCAACUGUACAGGUCCGGAACAGACGAAACAUCAGACAAGCCAAGAAGAGGAAAGUUGAGGAAACUCCUGUUUACAUUGAGGAAGAUCCAAUUGAUGAUCAUUCAGCACCAAGGACAACCACGAAUAUUAACAUUAGUCAUGGCUUCCCAGUGCAAGAACUCUCAAAGGGAAGAAAAAACAGGAAUUUGAACAACCCGCCAAACCGCGAGGCCCAUCGUAGGUCCGCCCCUCGGAGAACCAGGCAUGCCCCGAGAAGAGACGGCCGCUCCAGUAAUCGUGAACAGGGCAGCGGUCAUCUAGAGCCAACUGUCACCAGUGCAGAACUGUUGUCCGCUUUGGUGGAAAAUUCCCUAGGUGUAUCAGGUGAUGGUCAUGUGACCAAUGGUUGCCAUGGUGAUGAUGAUGUCACAGGAAAUGCCGACCCCUCGGCAGAAGAUGGCAGGCUCCUGCACGUGCUUGGGGAGGCCUCGCUUGGACUGUUUGAGCAAAGUGGAGCAAAAGACAUUCAGGAAUCUACAACAGUUCUUAAUUCUGGAGGAAAAGUUCCAACAAUAGAAGAACAUAAAGAAGACCAGGUUGGUGAGAAGCCUCUACUGACAAGCCAUGAUCACAAUGAUGGGAGUCAUGCUGACCAGGAACCCCAUGGAGAUGACCAGAAGUCGGACACACUCGGCCCCACCAUCAGCGAGGCAGAACCAUUGGACAUUAGCAAGGACCAGGAACAGAUGGCCGUCGACCUUCUGACAACAGAAGUUGAAGAUGAAGUUCCCGCAGACAUAGGGAAGGAGGUAAAGGCACAGGAGAAGGUAGAGUUCUGGCUGAAACACCACAACACAACUGCCACAGAACCAGGGGGCACAGAGGACCUGGAUCCAUAUGAGUUCAUAGGCAGCCAGCAGGAUCAUGCAAAAGGGAAGAAGAAGUCUAGGAAAAGGGGGAAGAAAGGAAGAAAGCCUCCUGCAGCUGACAACAGGAACAAGAAGUCUCCUAAGUCUUCUUCUGGUCCUUCUAAAGGCAAACCUACGAAGACAUCAGCUAAGAAGGUUGAAGAAGUGGAAGAUGUAGAGGUAGACUGUGAAGACUUGGAUCAGGAAGAAGGGGAGGCCUCAGCUGCUAGCAUGACUGACUGUUCGGAGGCAUCAUGGAAGCCUGGCCAGUCUGACCCGGAUUGGGGGAAGGGAAGAAGCUCGCGACGGAAGUCUGCAGAGACAAACGCUGACAAAGAAUCUGUAUCCAGCAAAGGUCGUAAGAGGAAGCAAAGAAAUCCUGCCGACAGGGAGGACCAGAUGACAGUGUCUUCAGGAAGCAGCAGUCAGCUGCGCAUCGACCGAUGGGUGCAGAGAAAAGAGAAACUGUUUGUCAAGAGCUACAGCAAACCUGCUUCGUCCCGGCGCGAGAAAACUUUACUCCAUAAGAAGAAGGCUGCAGGUCUUGAGGAACAGUGGCGGAGAGCCAAGGACAUGGCCGGAGACUUCUCCGCCAAAGUCUUGCACCCUAUCGCCGAAGAACUCCCCAGCAAGACUAAGAAGAAAUCUAAAGACAACCACACAACAUCAAAAGCUUCUACAAAGGAAACCUGUAGUGCAACAGGUCUACAUCCUUUGCAGGAUUUGCCAAGUCUAGGAGAGAGAGAAGAAGUACUCAAUAGUGAAGAUGACAUGUGUGUUUACCUCACAAGCAAUGGAGAACUCCUCAACAGCCCUGAAAAGAGCGACAACCCAAGUGAUGAUGAUCAAGAUCAGGAAAAACAGCCAACCAAGGAGAAGUCUGUAGCAUUGACGGAACAAGAACAGAAGAUCGCAGCAGAUCUCAAUGAGCUCGAUGAACAGACACUCAGUCAGCUAGGCAUGUUCUCACAGCAGUACCUUCAGAAGAGGAAGAGAAGGAAGGAUAGGAAGAAGAGACUUGAAGAGGUGCAAAAUGAGGAUGAGGACAACAUCUUCGCAGCAAUCCGGGCUUUAGAAAGUGAGAGCAAUCUUUGCAACAAGGAACAUCAAACCCAAGAUGAAACAUCAAGAAAAGAAGAUAACUGCACAGAAGUAGUGGAUGCAGGAGAUGUAAUUUCAGCACCAGUGGAUGAAGAAGUGAAGAAGGAUAACAAUUCCAGAAAGUCCCGACAGGCAAGGUCUUUGUCCCGAGAUCGCAGAGGUCAAGGUGAUGUCACAGAGGAAAAAGAAGCAAGGCCAAGGCGGACAAGAUCUUCUUCAAGGAAGAGUGCAGAAGAUGUCCUUGUAGAUGUUGGGAAUGCUGUGUCCGACAGAAGCAGUAGACAAGCAGGAUCUUCAUCUAAGACUAAGACUAAUGUAAGGAAGAAUCAGAAUGACAAGGAAGAUGGUGAAACAAAUGGUGAAGAACAGUCAAGACCAGAUUGCAUGAAGGAUGAGUGUGAACAUAUCCCCCAAGAUGCAGGAACAUCUGACAAAGAUAAGCUUGCUAAGAAGCAGAAGGAAGAAACAGAAAGACAGCAAACUGCAAAAGAAGAAAAGACAUCUGAAAAGGAAUUGGAAACAAGGCAAGAAGGUUCUGUCAACAUUGAAGAAACUGCCAUGAAGGAAAAUGCAACGUCACCAAAGGCUUUGCAGAUGAGAAAACGUCACGCUGCAGAAAAACAAACUAACAAGAAAGCUCUUGGCAACAUGGGAGAAUCGCUUGGCGUACGACAGACAAGACGCAACAAGAAGAUGCCUGAGACCGUGAAGGAAGCUGAACCUCCGAAGCAUCUCCCUCUUGUGACAACAAAAGACACAGUUCCUCAGGAUCCUUACCAGUUUCAGUACAGCCAGGAAAGCAACAGAAAGAAAGCAGGAAAGAAGAAGGGAAGGAGACAACGGGGUAAAGUGAAGAAGCUGAAAAGGACAAAAGCAAGGAAAAGGGAGUUGCUGUUGAUCCAAACAGGAUGGAUAGAAAGAGAAGAGGCUGGAGAAGAUGAAGAUAGUGAAGAGGAAAAUGGUCAGGAGAAUGUGGAAGACCAAACGGUUGACGAGUUAAAUGUGGAUGAAUCUAGGGAUGCCCAAGCACACUUAGACAAGCAAGAAGAAAGGGACCAGGAUACAAAGGUCCUUGGUGAAGAGAAGGAUAAUACAGAAGUAUCAGUUAUUCCAGAGUCAAACCCCAACACAGAGCCCAUCUCAAGCAGUGUGAAGAACAAAAAGCAUGAUGUUGACCUUACUGCCUGUCAACCAAGUUGUUCAUUGGAGGAAACUCCAGGCAUCUACUCCACUGACAUUAUCCCUCCAUCUGUAGAGGGCACUCAGAUAAUGUCUCCUCAAGCUGGCAAAAAGAAGAGGAAGACCUCCUUGAAUAAGAAGAAGACAGAGGAAGACACAAGUCAGAGGGAGACAGGGGAAGACACAAAACUGUCCAAGUCUGGAAAAGUUUCAUCGCCAGAGACGGAAAACUCUGAGGACAUCAUUCAACCAUCCUGGCAAGAUUUACUGAAGCAGACUAAAGACAAAAUCUCCAACAAACCAGAAAAUAUGAAGGAGUCUGAAAGAGCACAAGAUGAAAACAUAAGGCGGAGUCCAAGACGCUGUUCCAAGAAUGCCUCAGCUAACAGAAAGGGCAAAGAUCAAGACAUAAAACAGCCCAGAAUGAACAGCCCAGAGAAAGAUAAGGAUGGACCACAAGAUGUAUUAAGUAGCCCAAGACGUAGACCAAAGAAACCUUUGGAAGAACAAGACAUAAGGAGGAGUCCACGACACAGCACACAUAAACCCCUAGCUGGAGCUGUAAAUGCAGAACAAGAUGCAAUAGUGAAUUCAAGGCAUCACCCAGAGCAAGAUGAAAAACAAAAUACAAGCAGAACUACAGAGCACAGCCCAGAGAAAGCUUUGGAUAAAGAAGACAAAGAGAUGAUAAGAAGUCCAAGGCGCAGGACUGAGAAAGUUAUGAAUGAAGACAAGAACAAAACAGGAAAGGGAAAUCUUCAUCCUGGCAACAAAGAAAAGAGAAACAUACUACAAGACUUUGGCAAUGUGGUCAGGAAUAUCCCUGAUACAAUAACAUUGGCUAGCCCCUCUCCUCCAAGGAGAAACUUCGCAGGUGUGGCGAGCAACACAAGAUCACACAAGAGGGGAGAAGGGUGCAUCCUUGACUCAAGAAACGAUGAGGAAAUCUUAUCUUUGCCCGCAAGCCAAGACAGAAGUUUGGAGAACAGUAUGGAAGACUGUGGUGUGAUACUAGAGUCAGAGACUACUACAGAGUUUGACGGGAAGUUAGUGGAAGUGGUAGCUGAUGUUCACAGGCUGGCAGAGUUCUCAGAGGGGAGCCAACAGUCUCAGAGACAGAACAAGUUAAGAAAAGCAGCAUCUGACAUACAGUCUCCUGGGCGGCAUGCCAGUGGGAGGACCCCAGCAUCACUCCGCAGCAGUGGGAGGGACAGCACCCCAGGGGAGGUGCCCCCCACCCCUCCCCCACCCUCCACACCUCCUGUCUUACCAGCUACUAUCAGCACCAGCGGUCAAAAAGCAGCAAAAGACAGGAACAGGCUGAGCAUACAAAGGCGAAGUUCGCAACUUAGCUCGCCAGAGAAUACGCCAUCUAUCUGUUCCAACUCUCAAGAGAACACACCUUCUACUCCAGGUGUCCAGAAGUCACUACCAACUAGCACCAAGUCUCAGCCAAAGUCUAGUGCUACGCCUCCUGAUGCAGUAGACAAUGAAAAGGACACACCCAAGUCAUGUCCUCCAGAGAGUGAAGUAUCCACAGUGUGUAGUCAGGUAUCCACACCAGAAGUUGACACAGACUCAGAUGUGGUCCCAGACACUGAAGAAAAUCCCACUAAGAAAGGAAAAAGGAAAUCCUCAAAUUUGCAAAAGGCUUCAGAUUCAGAAGCUACCCCCAGAACGAAAGUGACAUCCCCAAGUAUGAUGUUUCAGCAGUCUUUUCCAGAUUCUGGAAAUACAGAAGCUAGCGUCUCUCUCCUUGAGAAUGUGAAACCAAGGGGUGCAGAAACAGUUUCACAACAGAAGAGAAAAAGUCCUCGACUCAGUAGAGGGGUAUCGGACAGUGGCAAACAGGAGAGGAAAUGCAGCGACGAACCGAAAGAGACAGUUACACAGAAACUGGAGCAAAGCGAAGCUGAACAGACCAACUCAAAACGUCAUCUUAAAGAACAAAGAGGAAAGGAAGAAGUUAAAACUGACAACUUGAAGCCUACUGAGAAAGUGGUAGGAAAACAAGCUAGCUUUGAAGGACUAAUUCAGCAAUCCAAUGAAAUUGAACACUACGAUGUUACAGAUGAUGAUAAGGAAGACCUUCAGAUGGAAGACAUUGAAGAGGAAGAUGGACAAGAGGAAGAGGAUGCUGUAGAAGAUGAAGAUGACAGUGAGGAGGAUGAUCUUGUCCCUCCAACUCCUCCAGACACCUCCUUCACACAACUGACCCAGAGAACCAAGACUGUGAAGUCUAAAACUUGGACACCAGAAAGGGUUACAAGGGAAGACCUGAAAGAAAACAACUUUCAACCUGUCAUAUUAGAAGAAGAGGAAGAUCGUGAGUGUAACUGGUCGGAUGAUGACAAUGAUGAACUGCCUGACCUUGACGAGGAACCAGAGCAUCAGGUGUCAUCCACAGGUCAUUCCAACACAGCAACUCCACAGAAUGGCGGAAGAAACAAGGCAGAGGAACAACCAGAUGCGAAAGAAGGCUUCAAGGAAAACCAAAAAGACACUGACAUUAAUACUCGUUCUCAGAGUAAGAGAAGGAAAGCAGCAAGUGGAGAAAUUGAAGCGAAAGACGAAGCAACUGACGAAUCAAUGCCCAAAAGGAGAAAGUCAGAUAUUGACUCAGAGUGGAAAGAGGAAAGGAUCCCUAAAGUUGAUGUUGUCAACGUCACAGCCGGCUUUGAGAAUAAUGAAGAGUCUGACCUGAGCCAGGACAGCCACGUCCAUGACCUGACCAAUGCUUCAUCCUUGAGUGAGCUGUAUGAUACACAGAACCAAGACAAGUUAAAGAACGAUGUGCAGAACCUGGAGGGACAGAUGGCCAUGAUACAGAUGCUCCUGGCCAAGGGGAAGGAGAGAGCGAGAGAGACUGGAAAAGAAGAGAACACCAACAAAGAUCCAACCUCCAUCGCUAAGCAGCAUCUCACAACAGUGUAUGAAGAAAACAUGCAGAUGUCAGAGGGUGAUCAUGAGGAAAUUCUAAGUGGGAAGGACUUGUAUGGCACCCCUUCCUCACAAGCAUCUGCAAAGUGCACAUACUCCACAGCACAAGAGGAGACUCCUAGAAAACGGAGGCCCAGUAGCACCAGCACACCUCAAUCUAAUCACUCACCUACCAAGGAGUACAACUUCCGCAAGAGAAUGUUGUCCCCUCAAAGAUCGCAGGAGGCGUCUGCAAAGUCACGAAAAUCUCGGCAAAGUUCGCCAAGGUCGUCCCAACCUUGCUUGUCGCCACGCUCGCCCUCCCCGCCUCCGCCGCUUUCUCCGGAGAAGACGAGAACUCCGAGAGUGCUCCCGCCUGCAGUUCAGGCCGCAGCAAACAUUCUUGAGAAGUUCAGGAGCCCAGACCUUGCAACCAAAGGAAAAAGAAGGAAUAGCGGUAACAGUAGCCCACUGGGAAAAGAAGACAGUACAGCAAGAAGGCUAAGUCCUAGAACAAAGAAAGAAAGUCAAAGUCCUCCUGAUAGGAAGAACACUACCCCAAGAAGCAGCAGUUUUAAGACGUCUGCUUCAAAGAGCCCUUCUAGUCCAAGGAGUAAGAAAUAUGACAUUGAGAAAAGAAUGAAUCUUGAAGAUGAAGUGGAAGACAGCAUGCCGGUUGAGAACUUGGUUUCGACUGCUGCCAGGAACAGGAGAAGUCUUAACAAGAGAAAGAGGAAGUCUUUACAGGACACGUUUGCAGAUGAAGAGGAUGAAACUAUGAGGUGUGAUGAUGCACCAUCUCCUGGUGACCACAAGAUACCAACUUCUGAAGAACCAGAGGAGAUGUCAACCAACUGGAAAGCAUUUCAGCAAAUGAAAUGUGAUAUUCUGGCCCAGAAAGGCACGUCUACAAGUAAUGGGCAAAACAAGGAGGCUCCCAAAAGACUGUCUCUGCCUUCAACAAUGAAAUCAGACAGAUGUACUUCAGACAAACGAAAAUCAGAGCCAGUCGUUUCUUCCUCUCAGUUUGAUAGAAACAGCAUCACAAACAACCCUUCUACUCCACAACCGAGGAAGAACCCACUAACGUUUAGCCAGCAGCCCUCACCAAGUGUGGGAAACCUGUCUCAAACUGUUUCUAGAAGGAAGAAAGAGAGUCCACGCCUGAUUGGCAGUAGCAAAUCACCCAUUGAUCGCUUACCCCAUGGGAACACUGAGAAGUUGACUUCCACAUCAAGUUGUAGUGCUGUGAAGAGUGUAGCAGGACCUCCCACAGUGGUGAAGACUGAGUGGCAGAAUGACAACCGUGCUCCCAUGACAUUUGUGACAACAGGACUGAGUAGAGAAGAGACACGAGCAGUGCAUGAACUGGCCAAAAAGACAGGGUCUCAAGUCAAGCAGUCAUUUGACAACAGCACCACUCAUGUCAUCACCAGAACAGAUGUGGACCUGUUCUGUUCCCGUACCCUGAAGUUCUUCUUGGGCAUUGCAGGCAGAAAAUGGAUUGUCUCCUUUCAGUGGAUUGCUGCCUGCUUAGAGGAAGGAAAACAUGUGCCAGAGGAUCCGUAUGAAGUCCGAGGAGACCUGGUCCAUGGUUGCCAUGGCGGCCCACGACAAGCUCGCAGCAAUAAGGGCAAGCUUCUCUUGUGUGAUUAUGAGAUCUGCAUCUAUGGGAAGUUUACUGCUCUCACCAGAGAUGACCUGCAGUUCAUGGUUGAGCUGUGUGGGGGCACUGUUGUUAAGGAACCUCAUAUGUUUCCUCAUGAUAAGAAACCCUUAAUCGUGAGCCAGAUAGAUGCCAACCAGCUCACAGAGGAAGACUACAAUGUGUUUUACCGACGUUACGGAGUCUUGUCCGUGACAAGGGACUGGAUUCUGGACAGCGUAUCAAGUUACCAGAUCCAACCAAUCGAACGCUACCUGAUGUGUUCAACAAAGAACCAGAACAUCAUCGUCAUCGACUGAGCUCUGUUGAUUGCAAUAUUAUAUUCAAAUCGUAGAAUGAGGAAAAAUUCUGCAAUAGUAUAUUAGUAUUAUACAUAGCAACUGUUUGAACAAAAUGUAAAUAAGCGCUUUCCUAUUCUAUCAUUAUAGUAGUGUAGUGUUGUUGCUUUUUAAUAUAGGGAUAGAAUAUAGAAAUCUUUUACGUGACAUUUUUCCUUCUUAUAUUUCUGCAAAGAAAUUAACUGUUAUCCUUGAACAUGAACGGUAUGAAUUGGUAGACGUUUACAUUACUGGGUAUGUGAGGGCUAAACCAAAAUGUUGAUAGAUGUUUCAAAUCAGUUUUCUGGAGAAAUUAUAGCUAUAGUUUGUACCUAAAAAUGCAUAUAUGUAAGCAGGGCGACUAACUUGAAAAUCCCCCAUUCUGCCUACUUCAGAAUAAACUUGGUAGAAUUUAUUACUUGAAAAUGCUACACAGCUAAAUAUUUUACAACUUUUCAAUAUUUAAGAUGCAGUCUAUAGUUAUAUUAAAUGUUAAUUGAAAAA